AUGACAAUGGCGGACUAUGCUUACACGGAAGAGAAUAAUUAUGAGUUCUCCUUCGAGCCGGACCACUACGCCGAAGAAGAACUCGACGACUCGGAGCCAAUUAAUAGAGACCUCAUCAGCGACACCACCGCGAGAAAUUGUCGGAUGAUUGCAUCCGUACGCUGCGUCGAGUACGGGAAAAUCGGAGCGGAGGACGGCAUCCUGCUUGUAAUUGCCUUUGUGUUUCACCCCGUCGGGGCGCGGGUCAAGGAGGCAGACAUCGAGCUGCGAUUCAAAAGCUGCGUCAUCGCUACGCUCCAGCCGCAGGAAAUCGACGACCGAGAAAGUGAAGUGGUCAUCCGCAACAAACUCGAGGGACGCUUUGACAUGAGUCACCCUCCAGUUGCGGUGGGCGUGACGGCGUCACAAGAGAAAGAGAGGGUUAAGGGUUACACUCGGUCAAUCCGUGGAUCGGGAAUUGACACUGAGCUGGCCAUGUGGACUUUACGCGAAAACUCAGAUCAGAGAGACGGUGUACACCUCAAUUUUACGGCAGUGAUCAUCCUGAAGGGCAAGGGGGAAGUAGAUGUAGAUGUCGCAGUGCGGGCCCAGCUUGGAGCCAGCCUGAAGGAUCCGUUGGGUAUUCGGAAGAUCGCUUGCCAGGGUUUGAUCAAAUUUGAUGGCAAAACAAGUCGAGGACGAAGGCCAGAGAGCUUGACCACCCCUCCAGACCUUUUUGUGAAAAGUCUGGCAUGA